CAGGGGCGGACUGACCAUUUGGAAACUCGGGCACUGGCCGAGGGCCCGGGGUCAGUAGGGGGCCCCAUGAGAUGCCCCUGGUACCUUUUUCAUAGGCUUUUUUGAAUUUGGGCAAGGACACAGGGGUCCCAUGAUCCCCUAUUGCCCGAGGGCCCCAUGAGUUGUCAGUCUGCCCCUGCUCAGGAGUGCCCUUGCACGUUGCUGCCUAUCAGUGCCCAUCAGAGCCGCUUAUUAGUGCCCAUCAGUGCUGCCUCAUCAAUGCAC